CUCCUGCGGCUCCCGAGGGCAGGAUCUGAACCCAUGACUUCACAUGGCAAGAAAGGAGAUUCCGACUCCACACCAGGAAGUACUUUUGGAGGGUUAGGGCUGUUCCUCAGUGGAGCGGUCUCCCUCAGAAGGCGGAAGGCUCUCCUUCUUGGGAGGUUUUUAAGCAGAGGUUGGGUGGUCACCUGCCAGGGAUUCCUCAGCUGUGAUUCCUGCAUUGGAGGGGGUUGGGCUGGAUGACCCCUGGGGGCCCCCUUCCAACCCCACAAUUCUCUGACUCUUGCCUUCGCAGGUGGGCGCCGCAGCGACUGGAUGAGGCGCUGGAGAGUCUGGGAGCUCCACCGGGAUUAUUUCCCCGUCAAGGUAUGAGAAGGGGGCUGGCAGGGUCUCUGGAACCCCCGGAGACCAGAUCACAGAGGAGGAGGUGGUGGUGGCUGUCAAAGGCUGCUGGCCAUGGAAUCUGCGCACUGACAUUCAGGUGGGGGUCCAAAUGCCAAAGGCCUCGCCCCUCUUGCCUUGCAGCUGGUGAAGACGGCCGAACUGCCCCCGACGCGGAACUACGUCCUGGGCUCCCACCCCCACGGGAUCAUCUGCGCGGGGGCCUUUUCCGCCUUCUGCACCGAGGCCACGGGCUUCCCCCGCGCCUUCCCUGGCCUCCGCCCCAGCCUGGCCGCCCUCGCAGGGCUGUUUCGCAUGCCCGUCUACCGGGACUACCUGAUGAGCUUAGGGCUGACCUGGUGCCCGUUUACACCUUUGGGGAGAAUGACAUUUACCGACAGAUCCGCUUCCCCGAGGGCAGCUUCGCUCGCCGCUUCCAGCUCGGUUUCAAGCAGCUGAUCGGCUUCGCCCCUUGCCUCUUCAGCGGGAGGGGCCUCUUCUCCAGCCGCUCCUGGGGGAUCCAGCCCAUGGCUGCCCCCCUCACGGUGGUGGUGGGGAAGCCUAUCCCGGUCCCGCGCCGCCCGCGCCCCACCGAGGACGAGGUGAACAGCUUCCACGCUCUCUACGUCAAGGCCCUGAAGGAGCUCUUUGAUGCCCAUAAAGAAUCCUGCGGCCUCCCGGCCUCCCAGCAGCUCCUUGUCACCUAGACUGAGGGACCCAGACUUGACCCGAAGCAGCAUCAGGGGACGCAAGGUUGUGAUGGGGGGAGACACGCGGGAGUCUUUGCCCCCCAUCCCCUCUGUACACACAGUUUCCAAUAAAAGGCGCCGUGCCUGAUGUCUGAUUUGGGGUCCUUGGUGCCCGAACCCCCUUUUUGUGCCCGCCUGCGGAGCCCAAGGCUGGUU